AUGGAUCGUCCACGUCGGUCGGGACGCCAGUCAACCUCGGGUCAUCAGUCACCAGCGCCUCCAGCAACUCCAUCCGGUUCGGCGGUGCCCACAUCUGCGAUGGUUCCUCCCGCUGCGAUGGCGAACGGCACCUCAAAUUCGUCACGGUACCAAGCCUCAACCUACGCCUCGCCAGCUCCAUAUCCACAGCCAUCCGCUUCCCGGCCACAAUUCCACCAGACCCCCUCUGCUUCUGGCAGCAGCUUGAUACAAGCGGGCUCCGCGCUCUUGUCACAGCAGCAUCCACACAUGCAGUCCUCCUCUCAUCCGGCAUUUGUUGCGCCGUCUGGCAUGAUGCAGACAACAGCAGAGCCUCAGGUGGUUAGCCAACUAAGCCUACAGUCUCUGCCGCAUGUCUACUCGAUGGGUCGAGGUGCCGCGCCGAUUGCGCCCGCUACGCCUUCAGCGCCGCCACGUCCCUGCGGCACCGCAGCAUCCGCUCCCACCGUCCCGCAAGCCAUGUACAGCACCUUCCCAGCACGCAUCAAGGCGGGAACCACCAAUCUCCUCCAGUCUGUACCAUCGUCAGAGUGGUAUGACACCUCUGGGAAACCGCUCGAUCCAUUCAGCACCCCGGCUCACGAUUUGUCCCAUAGCGGCGCCACUCCCUACCGUUCUUCGCGGGUCAGCGGGCGCAGGCGUGCUGCUGCGGGAUUCAUCCGCUACGCCGAAGCCGGCAGCUCGGACGAUGAGUUUGAGGAGGAUGUCGGGACCGAAGAUGAAGCUGGCUCUCGCGGCGUCAAGCGCGGUCUCGACGACGAAGCCGAGGAAGACUCGUCGCGCGCCUACCUUGGUCUGCCCCCACCCGCGUCCAAAAUGAUCGCCAAGCGCGUCUACCACCGCACCAACCACGUCUAUCAUAACGAUGACGAUCUUGCUCGCCAAGCAGGGCGAAACGAGAUUCUGGUGCCAAUCAAGAUCGAUCUGGAAGCAGAACAGUACCGCAUCAAGGACUCUUUCACGUGGAACAUGAACGAGCGCCUCAUCUCGCCUCACCAUUUCGCUAAACUCUUGCUCGAAGAUCUGGACAUCCCCGUCGAGCCGUACGCUACCCAGAUCACGAACAUGAUCAACCAGCAAAUUGAAGAUGCCACCGGCGUAGCCGAUAUCGAGAUGGAACCGGCAGCCGGUGGAGUCUGGGCUUCCGCGCGCCUCGGCGGCAAGGAGGGCGAACUGUCGCUCCCCCCAGCCGAACGCGAUCAGUACGACGCUGGCGAAGAAGCCACCAAGGAAGGACGUCCGUGGGACUGGGGCUUAGAACGCACCGACGAGGAGCAGCGGCGAUGGCGCAAACGCAUGGCCAGCCGGCUCGAAGCGGGACAGGGCUUGGGCGAUUUCGAAGACGAUCUGCGCGUGAUCGUCGAUUAUGAAGUGCAGAUCUUGCGCCACCUGCUUCGCGACCGACUCGAGUGGGAUCUGUGUUCACCGCUCACGCCCGAGUCGUUUGCGCGCAAGCUGUGCGACGACCUGGGUCUGUCGGGCGAAGCGCAGGUAUUGAUCGCCAACAGCGUGCGUGAGCAGCUCAUUAAUCACAAACGCGCUGCGCUCGAAUUGGGACUGGUGGGGAGCGGGCGGGUGUUGAAGGAGAAGGAAAAGGAGAUCGAGGCGGCGUGGUCCGAACUGCAUGUCGAGAAGCUCGAGAAGCAGCGCAAGAGGCUUGAGCGGGGUGAGUCGGGGUUGGCGCUUGAGUCGCAGGUGCAGUCGGCGGAUGUGACGGGGGCGAACACGACGCGUGAACCUUCGGUGCAGCCGAGUGCGGCAGGAGGUGAGGAGGAGGAGGUCAAGCCUGCAACUGGUGAGGCAUCCAAGCAAGAGUCACCCGCCGCCACGCAACGGGAAGCGACCGCAGAAGCGGCUGCUACACCGACACAAGAAGAGGACGAAGAAGAUGUCGAGACUCUGCACCUCACUGCCACCGCCACCGCCGCACCCACACGCGAGGGCACCUCGACCCCCGCCAUCCCCGCUACACGCUCCUCGGCACGCAUCUCCAACAUGCUGCUCUCAGACUCCACCACUCAAAAUGGAGCCACGACCCCGAACGCAGCACCCGCCCCGACACUGAGCGCCUCGCAGCGCCUGCACAACGCCACGUACACGGUGCGCGAAAUCCUCAGCCGCGGCCCCCGACCGCUCGACGGCAUCUGGCGAGACUGGCUCGAGUCCAGAGAGUUCGGCCCUCUGCUUGAAAGGCUGAACGACGACGAUCUCGACAAGCUGGAAGAGGCCAAUAUCAGGGCGUCGAGGAGGAACCGCAGGGAGGCGGCUCGUGCGUUUGGCGGACGCCGCCGUCGCUAG